ACAUGUGGUAUUUUCUCAGAUUCUUCUCCAGCGGGCUGAUAAAGGUCUUAUCACACAUUCUCUGCAAGAGUGGCAGAACUUUGACCUGGUCAGAAGACCUUCAUCUCAGCUCCUCCUCCUCCUCCUCCUCCUCCUCAGACCAAUCCGAAAAGAGCUUGUGUCUCUUUGGCUUUGCAAAUUUAAGGAGAGAGUGAGAGGAGCUACGCUGAAAGAUUUUCCACCAUGAACCGGGCCUGGGCUGUGUUCAAGGCCCAUCCGUACAUCAGUAACGUCCUGGGAUACACAACGCUGUUUGCCUCUGCUGACCUGAUACAACAGAGCGUGCUGGGUGGGAAACACACUGCAGGAUCCACAGCAGAGGAUUCAGCCGGCGUUGACUGGCGUCAGACAGCUAAAGUGGCGACUGUCGGCUUCUGUUUCCAUGCCAACUUCAACUACCACUGGCUCAGAGGGCUGGAGAGGAUGCUGCCGGGAGGCGGAGUAAAGGCAGUGACAGGGAAGGUGGUGGUGGAUCAGCUGAUCGCAGCUCCCCUCACCAUCAGUGCCUUUUAUAUUGGUUUAAGUUUACUAGAACACAAAGAUGACCUGCUUGAAGACUGGAGACAGAAAUUCUGGACUUCUUACAAGACUGGAGUGGUAUUUUGGUCAACAAUGCAGGCAGUGAACUUUGCCCUGGUCCCCCCUGUGGCACGGACAGUGUUUCUGGGAGGCAUCGCACUGGUUUUCACAAUCUUCCUGUGUCACCUCAGACAGCAGCGCGGCCACAAACUCGAAUAAACUUGAGAUCCGGCUCCAUGAUGCAAGUUUUUGUACUGAAUGACUAUUAUUUCAAAAGUAUUAUUUUUGUGUGCAAAUCAUGUGAAAACAACAAAUAAUGACAUAAGAUGAGGCUUCUUUAAGGGCAGAAUUCAGCUGCAGAGUCAAUAGAUUUACUGAUGAAACAGAUGAUUCCUAAAUAAGAUAUGCAAAUGUGAAUUACAAUGAUGUGCCUGAGUUUAAUCCUUUUAGUCCUGGUGAUACUCAUGUUGUUGUAAUCUUUUCAUAUACUGGAAUAACUGAUGUUGAUGUUGCUAUACAUUUUUUAACCAAUAAAAAAAGGCAAUUCUUUAAUUUGUUGUUUUCGUUUCAAACAUUUUAUCAAGAUUAAAAUUGUACAAUCAUG